CCGAAAAUACUGCGGGACCAACAUGAAGUGACUGUUCUUUGAAGCUCCCACUUGAUUGCGCAUCGCACAGGCCGACGAGUUCAGAGAUUCCCAUAUCCGCUCACGGCCGCCUUUGCACAUUUAGCGCACACCGAUCGAUCAAUAACAACAUCGAGCAUUCGAUCCUCACACCUUCUCUACAUCCCAUUUUGGGGCGCGCCUGCCUGGACAACUCCAACAACACACCCUCAUAUCCCGCCUUUGCCCCGCCUGGGAACGGCACCCACCGACAAGAUGUCACUCUCAAACUGCCGAUUUUAUGAAGAGAAGUAUCCGGAGAUUGACUCCUUUGUGAUGGUGAACGUAAAACAGAUCGCCGAUAUGGGAGCCUAUGUGAAGCUGCUCGAGUACGACAACAUCGAUGGCAUGAUUCUGCUUUCCGAGCUUUCGAGGCGGCGUAUCAGAAGUAUCCAGAAAUUGAUCCGUGUCGGUCGCAACGAAGUUGUCGUUGUGCUGCGUGUCGAUAAGGAGAAAGGAUACAUUGAUCUGUCCAAGCGCCGUGUAUCGCCUGAGGAUAUCGUGCGCUGCGAAGAGCGGUACAACAAGAGCAAGAUUGUGCACUCGAUUAUGAGGCAUGUCGCAGAGAAGACCCAGACCCCGAUCGAGAGGCUCUACGAGACAAUAGGGUGGCCGCUGAACAAGAAAUAUGGUCACUCCCUUGACGCCUUCAAGCUCUCAAUAACCAACCCCGAUAUCUGGAAUGACAUUCAAUUCCCGAGCGACGCUGUUGCCGAGGAGCUGAAGUCUUACAUCGGCAAGAGGUUGACGCCCCAGCCGACCAAGGUCCGGGCCGACAUCGAGGUGACCUGCUUCGGCUAUGAGGGCAUCGACGCCAUUAAGACUGCUCUCCGCACCGCUGAGUCUCGCAACACCCAAGACUCUCAGGUCAAGUGCAGAUUGGUUUCUCCUCCCCUUUAUGUUCUCACCAACACUUGCCUCGACAAGAACGCCGGUAUUGCCCGGUUAGAGGAGGCCAUCGUCGACGUCCGCACGAGUAUCGAGAGCGCCGGUGGAAACUUGGUGGUCAAGAUGGCGCCUAAGGCUGUCACCGAGUCGGAUGAUGCCGAGCUCCAGGCUCUCAUGGAGAAGCGCGAGCGCGAGAACGCCGAAGUCAGCGGCGACGAGAGCGUCAGCGAGAGCGAUGACAACAUCCCUGAGACUGUCUAAACAAUCCCACGCAUUGCAAGCUUUGUGCCAGGCGGUGGUGGUUCAGACCAACGUGUUCCACGGGGAAUGCUUGAUACCCCGUUGAUUUCAGGGUGAUGAGGCGGCGGGCCGGAGGUUGCUCAGGAUCAUUGGUGGUAUGGCUGGCGUCUUAGGAAUCCAAAAGCGUUCCAGGCAUGGUAGACACCGGAAGCCACCUUCUAGGAUGGCGGUACAGAAAAGGGAAUGAUGUAACGGUUGACGGAGCAACAAUAUGGCCCAGGUGAUGCUGAAAUGUUUUGCUACCUAGAAUUGGCGUGGUAUUAUGGUAUGCGCCAAUCGAGGCAGCGCCCACCACUUUCAUGCUUAUCGAACGCCUUAUCUACGGACCUCAAUGAAUCGUUUGAACCCACC